CACUGAGCACCUCCAUGACUACAUCUUCAUUUUUCCCACCAUCACCCUCACCUUUCCUCCGCCUCCCUCGCACUUUUACCCUGGCGAGUAAGACGUUGACGUCCACGCAAUGCGCAUAUACAUUCCCAAGAGCGGGCUUACUCAUUGCGGCGGAGAAAGCGCUCGAGAGGUUGUCCUCUUGAGUGUGCGUAUAUGUCUGCUGUCCACCGUCUGGAUUGCUCGUCGGUUUCGAAACCGCGGCAUUGAGUAACAGCGUGCAAAUGUUGUACCUCCUCGCAAGGUCGGAGAGGGAACAUGUUACUCCUACCAUUCUUGCCUGCGCUUGUAAGGGGCCUGCGGUCAUUAGUGCGGUUACGGGUUGGGAUAUUGUAUCUAUUACUAUUACUCGGGUACCGUCAAAGGGCUCCGACGGGGGUUCCUCUUCUUCGGAAGCUUCAUCCUCGCUGUCGUUUACUAUACGCCGGCGCUUCUCGCGGUCAAGGUGGCUGGUGCGGAGCUCGUCUAUAGCUUCGGUCAGGCCGUGAAUGUUGAAGACGCGCAUUAUCUGUACGCGGUCGAGGACGUUGGAUAUGGUUUUACCGUCGUUGUUUGUCCGUGAUGAGACAACUUGCUGGAGGAGGCUUGGGGAGAAAGUUCCCAGGGUGUCAACCCAUGCAGCGGAAGAGUUGUAGUGGAGUAAGAGGUGAGUGACCAGGGCAUGCAUUGCUAUCUAUUUCUGCCCUCAUGCUGCGUCAGUCCGCAGGCCAAACGGGAGGGGGAUAAGGGGGAGUGUGACAAGUGAUUUUCCGGUCGCCGAAGCACCGGAUAUGGAAGUUAAAUGUCCGUAAGGAAACCCGCCAGAGAGAGCAUGUUGGUCUAGGGCCGAGCAGGAGGUCGACAGAGUCUUUGGGAAGUGUGAAGUUUUGUUAGAUUGUCGGAUGUUCUGGGUUAGGAGGGUUGAGGCAAGGAUUUCUGCGGCGGGUAGGUGGGUAGUCGUGUCAGUGACGGGGAUGGUGGUGGUGGGGGUCGUUGAGGACAUUGCAUGGGUGGGAUGUGCAAUUGGGGAUCACUGUUCUUCGUUUGGUUUGUCAAUGUGUCAGCUCCGCUUCUCUGGGUCCGGAUGGUUUGUGAUACCUGUGUCGGGGUACGGUAUUCACAUCUCCUGUACUUGUAUCAGGUAUCUCUCAGAUCAGAAUCAACUCGAGGCAUAAACAAGGCAUUGAAUCUAGCAUAUGCCGGUAGGAGCUGUAAACCACUUGUAAGAUCUCGAGUGCAGCAUCUAGCUUGUCCAAGUAAAUUAUGGUUAUUUAUGGAUGCUGGAACUGGAUUUGGGUGUUUUUUGGGAAAAUUGCGAUUACGUCAGACUGUUAACUUUUUACCAUCUUGAGGAAACAAACGAGAUUGAAGGUGUGAAACACCUUUUUGAGCCCCUUUGAAUCUUUUCCUCUCAUUUAUUCGCGUCCCAAACCUUUGAUCAAUCCCGGGCCUCAUUUCCUGAAAUUGACCCUCAUGUCAUGUCCCUUUAUUCCUCCUCCUAAUAUAUGAUAUUACUAUAUCAGCUUGAGCGGACGGACGCCCAGCAGACCACCGCUUGUAGGGUUUGCUAUGAUUGAGCCCCUUUCCCCCUAUAGGUUCCAUUUUCCUUGACACUUGACUUUGGCACCAUAUCCUGAACACACAGCUACUCGAGUACUCUCGCCACCGCCCUCCCGCUUUCCCUGUUCGUCGCAAGAUGGAAUCCCAGCCGAAGAUAUCUGCGUUUUCAGCCUCAUCCUCCGCUGGCAUUAACCACGACCCACUAGAGAACAUUCUCCGCGCUAGAUCCAGCAAUGGGGCCGCGCAGAAUCUGCAAGAGCUAUCAAAUGGGGAAGCUCAUUUGAAGCCUGUUCCAGCUCGUUUGGAGAGUGAAACUUCGUCAGUACUCUCCAGUGGACGAAGUACUCCAAUUCCUGAAGAUGCACCUCCGAGUGCUCACUCAAUACAGCAUGCCCGCCGGGAGCGCCGGCGGCGAAUGUUCCCAACCGUGGACUACGAGAGCCGUGUCUCGCAUUUCGACCCCCAGUCUCAGCAUCGUGAUUUCCGGGGUUUCUUUACGCUGUUUUGGAUCGGGCUGUUCAUUAUGGUACUUACUACAGCGUUGAGGAAUCUUAAGGAUACCCGGAGGGUGCUGAGAACCUCGAUCUUUAGCAUGUUUACCAAGGCCCCGCUCGAGCUUGCUAUUGCCGAUCUGUUCAUGUUUCUGAGCACAAUUUGGUCCUGGGGUAGGAGUGGAUAUAUGCUUCAGCACGUGCUGCAGGCGGUCUGGUUAGCGGGCUGGGUACACCUCCCGUUUCAUCUGGAGUGGCAAUGGACUCAUCAGGUGUUUUUUACGCUUCAUUCUCUCACUAUGCUCAUGAAGAUGCACUCGUAUUCAUUCUACUGUGGGCAUCUCUCAGAAUGCUAUAAGAGGCUCCGAACGCUUGACGAAAAUAAUACAAAGGUGGAACCGACUGAAGAUGCAGACCUCCGCGAAGCAUUAGCCUUUGAGGUCACUAGUCCUUCUGGAAGAGUGACUUAUCCCAAGAACCUGACCUUGUACAAUUUCGUCGACUACCUCUUCUGUCCAACUUUAUGCUAUGAAUUGAGCUACCCACGGACUGACCGCAUUCGUUGGGGCAAGGUUGCCGAAAAGGCCGCCGCUGUGUUUGGUUGCAUUUUUCUGCUUACUGUGACGAGCGAGGAGUUUAUUUUGCCGAUUCUGGCUGAAGCAGCUACCCGGUUGGAGAGUGUUAAUGCCUAUUCGGAUAUUGCCCUGAUUCUACUAGAGAGCAUCAGUCUGCUAUUGUUCCCCUUUAUGGUCACCUUCCUCCUGGUAUUCUUGGUGAUAUUUGAGUACGUGCUUGGGGCAUUUGCGGAGAUCACCUGCUUUGCUGAUAGGCAUUUUUAUUCUGACUGGUGGAACUCCACCGAUUGGCUCGAAUUCUCUCGGGAAUGGAACAUCCCUGUUCACCGCUUCCUUCAACGUCAUGUCUAUGGCGCUUCCCGCCGUCACAUGUCUCGACCUAUAGCCACACUUACUACCUUCCUGAUAUCAGCACUCGCCCACGAGCUUGUUAUGUUCUGCAUUACUAAGAAACUCCGUGGCUAUGGCUUUGUGUGCCAGAUGCUGCAAUUGCCCAUCAUCGUCGUACAGAGGACAGAGUUUAUGAAGAGCCAGAAGAUGUUUAAUAACAUCAUGUUCUGGUCGUCGAUGAUUUGGGGGCUCUCAAUGAUCAGUGCGCUGUAUGUGCUAAUUUAGGUGCUCAUGGGUUUUCCUUCAGCUGGCGCGUGCGUUGAGGGUUGGCAGUGCAGACGUCUUUCGAUUACCGUAAUAUCCGGAAUAAUUGGACCAGGAUAUGUCGUCGGAGUUCCCUCCUUUGGUAAGGUCUGGUGUUUUUAUUUUCCCGUCCCUCACAAGGGCUGGGUAGCUCUUUUUCUGCCGUGUUUUUCGCCCCCUUUUC